UAUAAUAAUUUGUGUAUUUACAUGUGGUAAAUACACAAAUUAUGUAUUUAAAUAAAAUGACCAACGACCAGCUGAAAAGCUGAAUAGCAAGCUGGUACGUGCGUACCUGCUCCGUAUAGCAGUUAGUAGCAUUGUUAGGCAGGGGGACAAGGGCCUUCUGGUUCGGAAUUCUACAACACAUAUGUUGACGAGGCGAGCGUAAACUGCCAUACCAUACCACCAUAUUACAGACAUCAGAAAGUAUCAUAUCUACGGAAAGUCGAAAAUUUAUUUUGAAAUAUCCACCAGAUCACUAGAUUUGAAUUGUUUAUCACUUCGUGUGCGAAAAACAUUACUUCUCAAAAUAAUCUUUUCGCCGAUAAUAAAGUAAUCCUAAUCUCGAGUGCUGAUUAGACCACGACCGACCACCGGCUAUAUAUACCGCGGCCGCGCCUGCAGCGCCGGCGUGCUCGCAACCAUGAUCUCAGUCCUCGUCUUCGGUGUAGUCAGCCUGGUCGGAGCAACCAGCGAGAGCUGCUACUGGAACCGGCCGUGCCCCAACCUCCUGCACUCCACCAAAACUGCGUACGAAACCGUCCGCGGGGACAUAAGAGACUAUCCCGACCCUGAAUCAUGUGAAGCCGUCAGCAUCUGGACGCUGCACCGGCACGGCAACCGCAACCCGGGCUCGUCUUCCAUCGACAUGAAGCGGCUCAUCGACGCCGUCCAGGAGCAAAUCGUCCAGGCCCACGAGGACGGCCGCAGCCAGCUCUGUGCUCAGGACAUCGAAGCUUUCCGCAAGUGGACGUUCAACGAUACGAUCUUGGAGGCGCCAGCAUACCUGACGGGCACGGGCUACGAGGAGCUGUUCGACAUCGCCAAGCGGCUGCGGCAGCGCUACCCGCACCUGAUGCAGGGCGCUCCCGAGGACUACUACCUCAGGCCGACCAACUCGCAGCGCACCGUCGCCAGCGUCAUGGGCUUCGUGCAUGGCUUCACCGACCAAACAAACCUUAACAUCACAUUCGACGGGCCUUUUGAGAGGGAUGACAUGAUUAGGCCCUAUGAAAACUGCGAGAGAUAUCAGCAAGACGUGAGAGGUGGCGCUUUACUUGAGGAGCAAUUGGAAGAAUACGCAAAAACUGCCGAAUACAUAGCUGUCCAGAAAGCAGUUCAAGAGCGGCUGGGCAUCACGUACCAGCUGAGCACCACGGACGUGUAUACGCUGUACGAGAUCUGCCGCUACCACCGCACGUGGACGCCAACCCUCCAGAACGCCUGGUGCGCCGCCUUCUCCGACCAGGACCUCGUGGUGCUGGAGUACCGCGAUGACGUCCGCCACUACUACAGGAACGGUUACGGCUCGUGGGUGAACCAGCGCAUGGCCGGUCCGCUGCUGAAGGACUUGCGCGAGCGCAUGCAGGCGGCGGCGCGCGGCUCGGGUCACAAGCUCGUGUCGUACUUCUCGCAUAAUGCCAUGACGGAGAUGACGUUCGUGGCGCUCGGCCUGUUCCGCGACGCCGCGCCUGCAGUCGGCGCCCGGAGGGACCCCGCGCGCAACUGGCGCACUAGCUUCAUCGCCGCCUUCUCCACUAACAUGAUGGUGGUUUUAAAUAGGUAAAUAACUAUCGUUUGUAACAUUGCAUGCCUUACACAAUAAAUAGUAAUAUUAGUUACAAAUUCUAAAACAAAAGUGGCCUCUUCUGUAGAUAACGUGUGCAAAUUAUGAGUAAUAAUUGUAUAAAGUAUUAGAAAACAGGUGGAAAAAUAAGACUUUAACGCUCUCAACUUUUGUUAUUUAUGUCUUGAGGAUGUCUAUAGGAUAGCCAGGAUUAUUCCAUUCCUUACCAAGUGCUGAACUGUAUAAGUAUGUUAUGUGCGCUCUCCAGUAACCCAGAGAUUGCCUGAGCUUUAGAUUAGCGCGAGUUGGGUAAGCAACGUGGAUACGGAGGCAAAAUGAGGGAAAUCUAUCGCUGUUUUAUUAUCUUUACAAUAAGAUAAUAAUCGCGGACUACUUAGUAGACGAUAGCCACCGAUAUCGGUGUGGGCUCGUCACGCAACGAGGUGCUGGCGUACUAUGACUGAUAACAAUCAGCGUGUGUAUAAUUGUACGACUGUAACUUCAUCCAUACCAUCGACGUAGAUUAUGAUGGUUACCGUCGUCAUCAGCGGUAGAUUGGCCAAGACAAGACAGAUUUAAUCAGACUCAGGUUAUUGAACUGUUACUACCUAGGUUUUAAACUUCUUCCGAGUUGUUCCAUGUCGUCAUGGCAGCUUCAGCUUCAAGCGAGUUGAUGGGCGGUAGCUAGAUGGAAAAAUGUUUGAUUAUUAGGGCCCUGCAUUAUACACGUAAACUUCUGAUCAUUCUCGUUAACGAACAUUUUGAGCAUCAAUACUAAUCUUGCAGCUACGAGCUCGUUACUCGAGAUUGUUAGUAUUUCAUGUACUAAUUUAUUAG